AUGAGAAGGACCCUUGUUAGAGAACUAGGGCAGUGCACAUCUGCAAAAUGGAUCACCUUACUGGGUUAUCUUGCGCUAGCAUCAGCGACUAAACUCAACUUGAACGCCUUCCGGAUCCAGGACCCAAGCGCUUCCAUUUUCUCGAAUAACCCGUCUCAAUCCACCAAUCUCAAUAUCACCAUAGGAAUUGGCCAGACAGGCCAGCGUUUGAGAUUCACGCUCGAAGAAAACUUCGAUUUAUCACCAUGGCACACUUCAAUUCGAUACUUGGACUCAAAUGGUGUGUCCCACGAAGCAAACCAAUCACCCAGCUUGUAUCCUCUCAUAGCGAGAGGGUCGGUAUUGGUACAAACCUCCACGGAUGGAACUUGGUCGGAUGUUGGUUGGGCACGUAUCGCUGUGAUUGAACAGAAAGAAAGCCCACUUUUCGAUGGAAUAUUCACUAUCGAAUCCAUCACAUAUGAGAUUCACCUCGAGACCAGCGAUGAAGAGCCGACAGGUAUGGUGGCGCAUCGAAUCGAGCAAGCCAAUUCACUGGACGAUCAACCGUCGCUAUACUCAACCUGUGCUUCACCAUCGAACAAUUUGAUGAACGGCAAGCGGCAGGAGUGGAAUGCCUGGGGAGACGACGUAACAGAGACCAUCGGAAGUACUAAUGGAUGCCCAAGCACCAGACAGAUUGCCUAUAUUGGGGUAGCGACUGAUUGCGCUUAUACGGCUAGCUUCAACUCGACGGAUGAUGCCCAUCGCCAUAUCUUGAACGUGAUCAAUACAGCGUCUGUGGUACUUGAGAAUAGCUUUAACGUUUCGAUCGGCAUUCAGAAUUUGACUAUUAGUGAUGCUGAAUGCCCGAAUUCUGUCUCAGAUACAACAGCGUGGAAUGCAGCCUGUUCUGAAGGAGACUUGAAUUUGCGUCUUCAAAGGUUUUCCUCCUGGAGGAGUUCCAUUAACGACAACAACGCUUAUUAG